AGUAUUGGGGAGUCAUCAAUGGCCAUUAUGUUAAAUCAGCUGCUGCCCAUGAUUAAGCCUUCUAGCAAGAGAACCAAUGAUGACUAUAAUCCUGAAGAGUUGUUAAUCCUCCUGAUAUACGUUUAUUCUGUCACUGGAGAAUUCACAAUGGACCAAGACUUGGAUGCGGCUGAAGAAAAAGUGAAGAAAGCAUUGGCUCAAGUCUUUUGUGAGGAAUCUGAGUUGUCACCGUUGCUGCAAAAAAUCACCGGCUGUGACUCUUCAAUUAACCUGACAUUGCACAAAUCCCAAAUUGCGGUGGAUACACUCUUUGCUUCACUUCGGGAUGUGGCUGGAGCUCGGAAUCUCAUGAAGCAGUUUAAGUCUGUGUAUGUUCCUGGAAGUCCUACCCAUCAGGCCUCCUAUAAACCACUGCUGAAGCAAGUCGUGGAGGAAAUCUUUAAUCCUGAGAGACCAGAUCCUGCGGAUAUUGAGCACAUGUCUUCGGGUCUCACUGAUCUCCUUAAGACUGGAAUUAGCAUGUUCAUGAAGGUGAGCCGGCCUCAUCCCAGCGACCACCCUCUCCUGAUCCUCUUCAUGGUGGGCGGAAUCACAGUCUCUGAGGCCAAAAUGGUUAAAGACCUUGUGCCAUCUCUGAAGCCAGGAACGCAGGUCAUUGUGCUGUCCACACGACUCCUGAAGCCGUUUAACAUUCCUGAGCUGCUGUUUGCCACUGACCGACUGCAUCCAGACCUCCGUUUCUGA